AUGGAGCAGUUUGAACUAUACGAGAAAGGCGAGCUACUAAGAGACAGGUAUUUAAAAGUCAGCGAUAUUAGCGAGGGGUCUUACGGUAUAGUCUCUGUUGCCAAAGACACAAAGAGAAGUAAUCUACUAGUGGCUGUUAAAUUUAUUUACCCCGUUGACUACAAAAAGAACCUGAAGAAAGAUUACAGUUUCACAAGUAGACCUUCUUCGAGUCCUGCACGUUUGAAGUCACCUCAACAGCAAAAUGGAGUGACUACCAUUAAACAAGGGAAAAAUCAAGAUACCAAUUCUAUUUUCAAUAGUGUAUUGAACGAAGCUCAAAAGGAAAUCAGAAUACACGCAAUCCUAGGUGACCACCCAAAUAUAUCUAAACUUUACGAUCAUUUUGAUUCCUGUUUAGUUUUGGAGUUUUGUUCAAGAGGCGACUUGUACGAAGCUAUUCAUAAGGGUAAUGGUCCUGAAACAACUCAAGAUAUUAAGGAUGUUUUUUUACAAAUUUUGCACGCGGUUGAAUAUUGCCAUUCAAAAGGUGUUUAUCAUCGGGACUUGAAACCCGAGAAUAUUCUUAUUGCUGAGGAUUGGAGUAUUAAGAUUUGUGACUGGGGUUUGGCAACAACAACCAAAAUCGUUACCGAUAAAAAUGAAUUUGAUAUUGGGUCAGAGAGGUAUAUGGCCCCGGAGUUGUUUGAUAGUGAGAUUGAUUCUUAUGAUGCUUCCAAAAUUGAUAUUUGGUCAGUAGGAAUCAUAUUGUUGACAUUGGUUUUCCAUAAAAAUCCCUUUCAAGUUGCCAAUUAUUCGGACAAGAGGUUUUUGCAAUUUGUUAAUAAUAGGGAGGCGUUGUUUGACAUUUUUUCAACGAUGAGUAGUGAUUUGUUCCCAGUUUUGAGGUUUAGUUUAACAAUUGAUCCUGACAAUAGGGAUUUAAAAGGUCUUGAAGAGGAGUUGAAUGCUUUGAGAUUUUUCACGAUUGAUGAGGAGUACGAAGUCAGUGACUAUGAAUACGACGAGGAGGAGGAGGAGGAAGAAGAAGAAGAGGAGGAGGAGGAAGACUAUGGUUCGUUUGAUGAAGAUAAUAGAGUACAUGUUUCACAUAUGACUACGCCUAUACCUACAUCCAUAAAGAUUAGAGUUGGUACUGAGGAUAGUAAUAACAAUAACAACAACAGCAACAACAGCAACAGCAACAACAACAACAGCAGCAACAGCAACAGCAGCAACAACAACAACAGCAACAACAACAGCAACAAUAAUAAUGAUGAUAAUGAUAAUGAUAAUGUUAACGCUUCCCCAAAUCAACUGGGAAAGUUUGGUUUUAGCUUGUCCAGAUCGGUUGAUGAGAUACCUCACAAUCACCGAGCAGAUGCUUUACUAUCAACCAAUACUAAAUCCAAACCUAUUCCAAUUAAGACCCUUGACUUCAAGUUUAUACGCAAUACAAGAAAGCCAUUGAAUGUUGCAUCGUAUAAUCAAACUUCCAACAUUAAUGGGAAAUAUGCCAACAAUAGUUAUAAUAAUCGUCUUAAUUUCCAUAGGGAGGAUUAUUUUACACCAAAGUCUGUUUUCAACCAUUAUAUGGACAAGUAUGGGGAGAAAAGAGGACACAUGGGCUUAAACAAUAAUAUUAAUGGUAAUGGUUCCUCUGAUUUUCCCAAAAGAGCUCCAUUACUUCGCAGAAAGAGGACUUGGAAGCAGAAUUUUAGAAAAAAACAACGCCAUGCUACUAGUAAUAAGAUUUACGCGAUUGGUAAUGGAACCUAUACUAGUGGUCUUCCAAAGAGUAUACCUAAAGUAUCUGAACAAGCUUUAAACGAUUCUCACAAUCAUCAACUGGUAAGGGGAAGAAAGUCAAGGCUGUACUCUACAUCUAAGUUGAAAAGGAAUUUUCUUGGAAAUGGGAAUACUAAUAUGAACGGGUUUAAUUUCCACUCACUGCCACGUUCUGCAGUCACUCCUGGUUCUAGUGUGAUAUCCAAUUUAUCUAAUUCAGGAAAAUAUAUUCCACCCUUUUUGCGCUCGCCACCCAAUCCAGCUCAGAAAUCACCACAUAUUGGACCAUUACCUGAGGAGCUCGAUCAUUUGUCUUUGGGUAACGAUUAUGAUGAAGUGUUUCACUUGGAAGAUGAUUUCGAUGUUACUUUUGACCAAAAGCUAGAUUUGGAGGAUGAGGAUGUCAUUGGUUGCUCCUCUAGCGGUGAGCUUGAUUCUCAAACAAAACAUCGACCAAGCGAUGCUGGAAUUUUUCUGAUGUCUACUGGACAAGCAAAGUCUUCAAGUACUUCACCUACGCAAACAUCAGCCAAGGAUUCUGAUGAUCAAAAGUACGUCCCUCCAUUUAGACGCGGAUCUAUUUCGCAACCAAUUAAGAAACAGUUAAUUGUUGCUUCUAGUUUAAAGUAA